GUACUUGGGCGUCAACUUCACCAAGCAGGGCAUCUACUCCAAGUUCAAGACUCUCAUCAGCUCCCUCCGCGGCAGACUCUCGCUCUUCAAGUCUGAAAGCACCACACUGCGGUCCAAGGUUGCAGCUCUCAAGUCUUACGCCCUCCCCCCUCUGAUGUACCACUUCUAUCUGGACUCACCGACCAAGUGGCAGAUCAAGAAGAUCGAAAACCUCACCAAAUGGUUCAUCUCAGCCCCCAAGACCACCGCCUACGGCUCCAGCUUCAUCAACACGAUGGCACUGGACCGCGCCAGCUUCCAUUGGGAUCAAGGUGGCCUCAACCUCUGGGACAUUGGACUCAGAUCAAUUGCCUACAAGGUUUGGGUGUUCAAUCGUUUCCUCAACACCCCAGCCCAUCUCACCCAUGGCUACCUGGACUCGUGGAGAACUCAACACCGCAACGCCAGGAAGCGCCUGGGAGGCAAGUUCACUGGCCUCUUCCGCAAGUUCCACACACCUUGGAUGGAGUUCCGCUCCGCCCACCUCUCCAGCCAUAGCGACAAGGUACCUCUAUUGGAUAGCAAUGGUGGCACCCUCAGUCUGAAAGACAUCUAUGCCAUCCUCUGGAAGGCAAAGUAUGGCUCAAUCAGACUGACCGAGGGUCAAUGGCAGCUCAGUGUCUUCCACGGCCUCAAGCUCCCAGACAUCUUCAAGGUCAUCAGCACCCUGAGAGGACCAUCCUCGCGUAACGCCCUCUUCAGGUUCUUCUCCCAUACCCUCCCAAUCAACCAUAUGAGAGCAGACGCUGACUGUACCCUCUGUGGCAACUCCUGCACAGACCAACCCUACAAUCACUUCUUCUUUGACUGCAGCAAAGUGGCAACCCAAGAAGCCAUGCGCCCAGCCUUAGACUUGGUGAAGCAACGCUCUGGUAUCAAUGUCAGAGAAUGGAACAUCAAAGCACUGGACAUCUCCACGAAGUCUAGUCGCCCCAACCUUCCAUUCAUCCACCUCAUGGCAAUCAUCGUCAACUACCUCUGGCACUACAUCGCCAACCACCUCUUUGGCAACAAGGAGGCCCUGUUGGCCAAGCUCAGCUUGGUGUGCAUCACAUCCUUCAAGUCCCUCCUCCGCCAGGAGUGGCGCUCCCUCAUGUCCACGCUCACGAGUCACAUCCUGGCCGGACGACCAGUCAACAUCAAGAAUGAGAUGGCCGAGUUCACUACCAAGUGGCACCUCAGCACUCGCAACAGCGACAUCCGUCUUCCGCCUCUGCCGCCAACUAUCAACAAAUACUUGGUGGCCGAAUUCAGAGGCCUACAGUAG